AUGAUGAAAGCAGAUGCCGUUGAAGACUACAACAGCGUGGGUGAGGAAGAAGCGAGGAAGAAGAGCUCCGAGCCGAAGGCAAUCAACGAUCUACAACGAGACCAAAGUCUCAUGCUCGACUCCGUCACGAAGUUCGCCAAUCGCACCGAGCGCCGGCAACAGGACAACUACAAGGAGAUCAGGGCAAACCAGGAGCUGCUGCAGCAAGUGAUCGAGCAGCUUCAAGAAUAUGCGCACCAAAAUGAAACCCGACAAAGUACACAGGAAGCUGUUAUCACGCAACUCCAGUCGGAGGUGGCUACCUUGCGGCAGCAAGUGCAACUGCUAUCGGCCAACACGACCAGCACGGGGCAACAAGCAGCAAGUCCUGCAGUCACGAUGCCAGCUGCAAGUUCUGCAACUCCUGUAGUCACGGGCAUGGACGAGAAUUCAGCGACUUGCAUCCGACAACAUGAAGCUCCAAUUUACAGCGGUGAAACAAGUGAGGAUAUUGAAGUCUAUGUCCUCAAUAUGAUCAAGUGGUACGCAGCGAUCGGCCUAAAUUUUCAUCAGCAGGUCGAUUAUCGCGUCGGAGAACUUAUGAUGAACCACACCCAAGGGAAAGCAAAGGACUGGUUUCUCCGGGAAUAUCACGGCGAACAGCGCUGGAGCCACAUCAUCCGCAAGAUGAAGCAACGGUUCUUGGACACGUACAACGAUGAAUUUCGCCGGCUAGCACGCACGGCAGGCGUCUCUGAGUACAUCAAGAUACUUCGAUACAAACAGGGACUAUCGUCUGUGCAACUGCUACAUCUUCUCAAGACGAAGUCGUUCGACACGCUAGACGAGCUAAUUGAAGCCUCGCGAACGCUGAACCCACGCGAAGUCGCUCGAUCGAAUGAUAAAAGCAGCAAAAGCAGCAAGUCCUUCCCUCCAAAGCAGGAUAAGAAGAUGGACGCAGCAAAGUGCACGUCGUCGUGGUGCACGGAGAAGGGGCAUACUAAAGAGCGCUGCUGGAUGCUACACCCCGAGCUGAAGCCGAAAUGGCUGAAAGACAACAACAAGAACAAGGGCAAAGGUGCUGCGGCUGUAUCCAAAACAAACGCUGAAUCCGAGGAAAAGAAGCUGUGGUCUGUUCUCAGCAUGAUCCAGAGUGACAUUGCGAAGCUCAAGGGGGAUUUAAACUAG